AUGCGCCGAAACGACAGCAGCGAGGACGGGGACUCUCUUGGCUGCUGCGGGUUCCUAGUCUCCUGGUUUCCAGGACUGCGCUACCCCACUGCGCGUCAAACGUCUCAAGUCAGGUCAACCUCCUCCAGGUGCAGCUCUGGCUCCAUGGAUACCAAGGGUGACUCCAACGAUGUCACAGACGCGGACGACGAGAGCCUCCUGUCAGAGGAGCUACGGUCUUCGUCAACUGGAUCGUGGCGCUCCAUGGACGAUCUCCAAACCACGGAGAGUGCAGAGAGCGAUGCGCCAUCGGAGGAGUCGGACCCGCACGAGCGAGUACGACGGGCAACAGAAUCGUUCCUCCAGUGGAAAAACAAGGAGUACGUGCCGCUCAGCCUUAACGAAAAACGUGCCAUCAAGGAGUACCGCAAGGCGGUUGCACACGAGGAAGGCUCCUAUACGAGCACGCGGGCGCAACGGCAGCGGGAGGGGACUUCGAAGCAGCUCAUUUUGCGCGAGGACGAGUGGGUCGAUCUCGGUUGCCCGAACGAGGGCGGUGGGCCGGUACGGCACCGCAGUAGAAAGAUCCGCUUCGUUGCUGCGGUGAUAGCCAACAAAGUUGACGUGCAUAACGAUGGACUCGUCGUGGCGACAGACGCGGGUGAGGAGGUGCCGGAACUGCCUCGUUGCGCCUCGAUUCUUCGGAGCUCCUGCGUGGAACAUUUGACGGAGGAGCCGCCGGUGUUCGUGGAGGACUUGAUUAGCUGCAUGCUGGAGGAAGAAGGGCAAUCCUACGAGCCUGCACUGUGUCGGGACUUUCAUAGGUAG